AAGUGCCCCGCGACGAGAGCGCAGUACCUGUUCGUAGUACACACGGGCUGCUGUGCUAUAUAGAAAGCAAGAGCCAGCUCUCCAUGCCAUACCCGUAGUAGAACUGCGUGUAUAGAGCAAGAAGGGCGGUGAGACCCCGCAUGCCAGGAUCCCAUUCUCUCCUGAUUGCAGCAAGAGCGGCAGCCUGAUUCCUCCUGUGCCAGAUCCACAAGAUGCCAAAGCUGAAGUAUGUGAUUCAAUAAGUGUCUCUACAGUCAAGCAUGUAGCUCUCAUACCGCUCUGAAAAUAUUGCCUUUUAAUGAGCACGUCCAUAUUGCCAGCUUGUCCUCAGGACUUCUCCUUCUUCUAAUUCAUGAGCCAGCAGGAUGUGGUCGCUGCGCUGUCAGAACGCCUCCUCGUAGCUGCAUACAAAGGCCAAGUGGAUAAUGUUGUGCAGCUCAUCAAUAAGGGCGCCAAGGUAGCAGUUACCAAGCAUGGACGAACCCCACUACAUCUUGCAGCCAAUAAAGGACAUCUUAAUGUGGUCCAAAUCUUGUUAAAAGCUGGGUGUGAGCUUAAUAUUCAGGACGAUGGACACCAGACAGCCCUGCACAGAGCAGCCGUGGUGGGGAACAGCGACAUUCUUGCAGUAUUGAUACAAGAAGGCUGUGCCUUGGACAGACAGGAUAAGGAUGGCAACACAGCCCUACAUGAAGCCGCUUGGCAUGGAUUCAGCCAAUCUGUCAAACUGCUCGUUAAGGCUGGAGCUAAUGUUCUUGCCAAGAACAAGGCAGGUAACACACCUCUCCAUCUGGCUUGCCAAAAUGGCCAUUCCCAAAGCUGUCGUGUAUUACUGCUGGCAGGAUCCAGAGCUGACUUAAAAAACCAAGCAGGAGAUACCUGUUUACAUGUGGCAGCCCGCUACAAUCAUCUGUCUGUCAUCAGGAUACUCCUCAGCGCAUUCUGUUCCGUGAAUGUGAAGAACCAGGCUGGUGAUACACCUCUCCAUAUUGCUGCUGCUCUAAACCACAGGAAGGUUAUUAAAGCCCUCUUAGAAGCAGGAGCGGAUGCUACACUUCUUAAUAAUGCUGGUCAGAUUGCUCUGGACACUGCAAGACACCAUAAUAACUCAGAUGUUGCUCUUCUUCUCACCAAGGCACCACAGAUUUUGCGUUUUAGUCGUGGGAGAAGCUUGAGGAAGAAAAGAGAAAAGCUAAAAGAGGAGAGGAGAGCUCAGUCAGUGCCAAGAGAAGAGGUUGCAGACAGUAAAGCCAGCGUUUCAGCAGCCGAUGACACCCACAGUAGUGAGCACGCUGCUUUUAAGCAAGGAGAUAGCAAAGAUGACCAGCGACCUGCUGCUGCAGGAUAUAAACAGAGGAAAGGAAAGAGGGGGAAGAUUAAAGAAAAGAUUUCGGCUCUUUCAGACCCAACUUCGCCUGCAGAUCAACAACCUUUCUGUGGUGGUCAACAAGCUGGCCAUAAUCACAGGAGAAGAAGCAAACACAGAGGCCCGUCACCACCUUUCCCUCCACACGAGGCCAGGGCGUACCAGCUUUACACUCUAUACAGGGGGAAGGAUGGCAAGGUUAUGCAGGCACCCAUCAAUGGAUGUCGUUGUGAGCCACUCUUAAGCAAACUUGAGAAUCAGUUGGAGGCCACAAAAGAGGAAGUAAAAGCAGAGAUUGUCACCGUGCAAGAUCAAAUGAAUGCAAAAUUGGGACAGAUGGACAGCAAAACCCAGCACCAGUUGCGGGUCCUGGACAAGCUAAUGAUUGAGCGGAUGUCUGUGGAGAGGGCAGAGUGUGUCUGCCGCCUUCAGCAGGAGUCGGAUGUACAGAAAAAUGAAGUAGAAAAACGGCAGGUUUCCUUAGUGAAUGAGCUAAAAACCUGGUGUUUACUAAAAAUCCAGAACCUUGAGUUGAAACUGUCUGGAGAUUCCAGACCAUUCAAAGCUAAAUCAUCCCCUUCAACCUGUGAGUCUACAGAUCACCCCAUUUCAGAGAGUCCAAGCAGCAGCAAGGAAUACAACAUUACUGACACAUCUGUCCUGCCACCGUGCUCCAUCCAGCAUUCCUUAUCCCGGCAGAGCAGCCUAUCUGACGAUCCAACCAGAGAACAGUCACUUCCCUGUGAGGAAAGCGGCAGAAGGAACCAGGUUCCUCCCCCUCAAGAACUCAUGGUGUGUGCAUCUAUAGAGCAGCAAUCUCUGCCUGUGGACACACCUGCUGUUAGACCUAAAGAGAAAACAACAGGCACCGCUCCUUCCUGCAGACAUCAGCCAGCUCUAUCAUCUGGCAGCCUUCCCAAUCCCAAACUGAGACAGUCUAAAAGCCUCACCACUACAAAGACCUUACCCGAUGCCAAAAAAGCAGAGAAACAGACUGCAAACCUCAUGGACCGAGGGACACAGACACGAAAAUGUGCAAAAAAUGCCCAGCUUAGACAGAGAGCCCCACUGCCUGGGGCACAGGGUCAGGCACCAUCAUGCAGUGCCCCCACUGAGCCCGCUGUCGCACAGACCAGAGACACCUCUCAUGCUUUGGAAAUCACUCAGUAUUUCUUUGAGGCAGUGUCUAGUCAAAUGGAAAAAUGGUAUGAGAGAAAGAUAGAGGAGGCAAAGUCACAAGCUAACCAGAGGGCGCAUGAAGAUAAAGUAGCCUUACAGCAGCAUAUAAGGAGCUUAGAGGAAGAGUUAAUGAAGCUAAGAACUAAAUUACAGAAAGAGAGCUAACAGCAACUACCUGGGAAAAGAUGGCCAUGUACAUGGUACAGACAAGUGCAGGCGCUGACCUCUAUUAGCACCUGAUCAGUGAGGACACAACAUCUCCAGAUAUCAGGACAUCAGCCCACUAACUGUGACAAUGAAGGAGAUAAUCCCACGUAAGAAAGAAUGCAGCAAUGUUUAUUAUGGUUCUGUGACCUGCAUGAGGUUCCCUACUGGGACAUCCUGUUCCCGUCUAUGGGUCUUUUACAUUUAGUGCAACCCUGUUUGCCUGGGACCAGUUUUCUUUAUUGUAUAUUUAAAAGUGCACGUAUGUACUAACGAGUGCCAGAUCAGCGGCCAUAACUAUUACAUGAUACACCGUCGUAGCAUUAGGAUGGUGUAACAAGUAUGCUUUGCUUUCCAGUCUAUUGUCAGCCAAAAAUCACUUACCUUUAGACAUGGUCUUAAAAUAAUGCAGCUCCCCUUUUCCUGAUGUAAUUCUUCUAUUGUGACCAUCUCUUCUGCACCAGAGGCACGACAAAAGGAAAUCCGUCCUCCACAAAGGGACUGUUUAUGUAGCAAUGUAACUCCAGGAACGUUCCCAUGCACACCGGGAAGGGGAUUCAUUUGCACUUUCCAUUAGCAUGAAUAUUUUUGCUUAAAUGAAUAGUAAAGUCCAUAAUACAUUUUA